UCCAGGUCCCCAGGCAGUACUCUGGGUUUCGCUCCGGCGCCUCUGAGGAGGCCAAGAUGCCCAGUGAUACACUCUGGGAAAUUGCAAAAGCUGAAGUGGAGAAGAAAGAAAUUUCUGAAAAUGGUGGAGAUGGAAUAGAAGUCUGUGAAAAAUCUGUAUUCUUCAUUGGCAGUAAAAAUGGGGGUAAGACUACUAUUAUUCUAAGAUGUCUUGACAGAGACGAGCCACCAAAACCAACCUUAGCUUUGGAGUAUACCUAUGGAAGAAGAGCGAAAGGGCAUAACACACCUAAAGACAUCGCUCAUUUUUGGGAACUGGGUGGAGGAACCUCUUUAUUGGACUUAAUCAGCAUCCCAAUAACAAAUGAGACUUUGAGGACAUUCUCUUUGGUUCUCGUUUUGGAUCUUUCCAAACCCAAUGACCUUUGGCCAACCAUGGAAAGUCUGUUGCAAGUCACAAAAACUCACGUAGAUAAACUCAUAGUGAAACUGGGCAAGACCAAUGCUAAAGCAGCUUCUGAAAUGAGACAGAAGAAGUGGAGUAAUAUGCAGAAGGACCAUCCUGAUCGUGAAUUAAUUGACCCAUUUCCAAUUCCUCUGGUGAUAAUUGGAAGUAAAUAUGAUAUUUUUCAGGAUUUUGACUCUGAGAAGAGAAAAAUAAUCUGCAAGACGCUCCGGUUUGUUUCCCAUUAUUAUGGAGCUUCACUAAUGUUUGCCAGUAAAUCAGAAGCUCUCCUACUGAAAAUACGUGGAGUUAUCAAUCAGUUAGCAUUUGGCAUUGACAAAAGCAAAUCCAUAUCUGUGGACCAGAAUAAACCACUGUUUAUCUCAGCAGGAUUGGAUUCUUUAAGUCAAAUAGGGUCUCCUCCUCUCUCUGAGAAUGACAUUGGAAAGCUUCAUGCACAAACACCAAUGGAGCUGUGGAAAAAAGUAUAUGAAAAAGUCUUUCCACCAAAGAGUGCCAGUACAUCCAAAGAGACCAGAGACCCAGCCCGAGACCCCCAGUAUGCAGAAAGUGAAGUUGAUGAGAUGCGAGCACAGAAAGACCAGGAACUGGAACAGUAUAAAAAAAAUUCUUCUAAAUCCUGGAAACAAAUUGAGUUUGACUCCUGAACCUAAUACAAGUAAAUACAGGCAUCAGUAGGUUUGUAUUUCUCUCUGAAAUAUAAGUAAGAUUUAAAAUUUUUUCAUUCCUUGUGUUAAUAUAUAAAAUAUUUUAAUAGAAAAUGUGUAACUACUAUAAAAAGGCCAAUUUAAUAGUAUAACUCUUCAAGUAACCUGAAAGUGUUUUUAAAAAAAAAAAGUAAAAUCAAAUACAAAUAUCUGAAAAAGAUGAAAAAAAAAAUAUUGUUACCAGUGCCUCUAAGAAUGAGAUAAUUGUGUUUAAAUAAUAUUCUCCAACAUAUGUAUUUGUAUAUUUUCUGUUUCUAUAGUUUUAUAGACUAUAUAAACUUAUGUUUGAAAUAGUUACAAAUGGAGAAUUGUUCUCUCAUGUUAUAGCAAUAUCUUUUAUGAAAUGGUUCCUCUGGAACUAAGGUACUUCUAAUCUAGGCUCUGAAGUAGAAGGAUACCCUUGAAGUGAAACUUCACCAGAGGUACCUCACAGUAGUUAUUUUAUUCCAUCUCCUAUAAUCAAUCUCAUAAAACUCCUAUCUGAUAGCUUGGGUCAAGAUGUUUGCUGAAGGGGUUGUUGGUAUGACCAAAGUCUCAAUAACUCUAGCGAUGUAAGAAUUAAGCUCCAAUGUCAGUAGGGUAACCAUUCUUGAAAAAAAAUUCAAAUCCACUAGCAGCAUGUGUGUGUGUCUGCCAGCCAGCUUAAAUGUGUAGAAAUCUAUCAGUCUGAGUACACAGAUUAAAGUCUUUCAGUUGACAGAUACUGAACUAUAUUAUUGAUGUCUCAAAUUAAAAGCUAGCCCUCAACUUUUGGUUGGGUGGAAAGUAUAAUGAAUAUGAAUUUUCCAAAAAUUUAGAAUAAUUUGAAUACUAUGUUCAUGUAUUCAUAUAAAUAUUUCCUGGUAGCUAAUAGGUAGAGAGGGUCAAGGAGCCUGUUUUAUUUGCAGUUCUGCUACUGGGUUGGAAAAAUUAUUUACUCUGUAUCUCAGUAAAAUAUAUAUUAUACUUAGAUUGCUUUAUUUUUAUUUUGCUUAGUGUGUGUUGUGUAAAUCUGAUUCAUAUAUGCAUCUGUAAUUUUUUUAGAUUUUGAUAUGAACCCAGAAGUCUUUGCUAUAUUAAAAAAAACAAAUAAGUAAAUUGUUAUGUAACCUCUUUAUAAAAACACUUAGGGACAGGAAUCUAUAUUGGGCAAUAUUAUUUGGAAUCAAAUAUGGGCAAUAUUGUUGUGUUUUUUGUAGUAUAGGGUCAUUUAUAACCAAAUCCUAGUAAUGACUGGAUAUAUAACUUUUCUGUACCUGCUUAUUUAUAAAGAAUUCAUGGUCAUAUAAAAAGCUAUUUGACAUAUAUUUC